AUGCCUUGUUGGGUGAUCACGGGCGCAGAUCGGGGUAUAGGGUAUGAGUUUGUCCGCAAGCUUUCACCAGACCCGGAUAACAUCGUCGUUGCUUUGGUGCUAUCGAAGAAAGCCACAGAUGAGAAAAUUGCGAAACAUGGCAUUAAGAACGUUCAUGUGCUAGAAGCCGAUGUCACUGAUCGGAGCGCUUUACUGAAAGCGGCUGAGGACACCGAGAAGAUCACUGGCGGGAAAGGCGUGGAUUAUUUCAUAAACAAUGCUGGCUUGAUCGCAAAGCCCACAGCCUUUCGAACCUUAGAAGACUACCUCGAUAUGCCGGAGGUAUUUGACAAGGACAUGCAUGAAUGCUUCAGUAUCAAUGCCAUUGGGACUAUGAACGCAACUGCAGCUUUUAUUCCUCUAAUACGAAAAGGAACUGUCAAAAAAGUUGUUGCAUUGAGCAGUGGCAUGGGCGAGCUUGAAUUCACUAACGAGUUGGAUAUGGAUAUGGCGGUGCCUUACUCAAUAAGCAAGGCUGCCAUGAAUAUGGUGAUGGCCAAGUUCAGCGCCUCGUACAAGAAAGAAGGCAUCUUGUUCAUGGCCGUCAGCCCAGGGGCCGUGGACUCGGAAGAUGACGGCCGCGGAUCCUAUGCUCCAGUCCAGGACGUUGAGGGAGAUCUAUCGCAGAAACUCUAUCCUGUGCGGCCAUGGCAUAAGGAAGCAAGUGCUCCAGAGCUCCAGAAGCGCAAAGAACAGGGUAUGAAGUUUCAACAAUACGAACCGACUUAUACAACGCCGUUAAAUACUCAAGAAUCUGUCGAGUAUCUCCUGAAGGUGUUGAGCGAGAAGAGCAUCGAGAACGGGGACGCAGGGGCAUUUAUCUCCCACCUAGGCACUAAGAGAUGGCUUUAG